UCUAGAUAAAGACAUAGAUCUAGUUGUGUAACAAGUUUUUACUAACUUUUCUAUCUAUCUUUGAAGUCAAGUUUGAAAUCGAUUUUCCAAAGAAAAGCCAUGUCAUGUGAAGAGAUGCAAAAGGAGGAGCUGGAAGUACUGGAGUCUAUCUAUGAUGGUGAUGAGGCGUACAAGCAAAUCAGUGAUACUGUCUUCCAGUAUAAGUACGGCGAGGAUGGCAGCAACAAGUCUUUUUUGGUGGAAGUUGCCUGGCCUAGCGACUACCCCGAGGUUCUUCCUGAGAUCAACUUGGAUGUUUUCUACAACAAACACGUAAUCCCAGAAGUGAAGGAAGCUUUGAAGAAUGGAAUGACUGAACAGGCCAAUGACCUCUUGGGCAUGUCGAUGACCUUUUCGUUGUUUGAGUGGGUCAAGGACAACCUGGACGACAUGUUGAGUAUCCAGCCGGAGACACCGGUCGCACAGCCCGUGGUGAGCGCGCCUUCCCCCGAGGAGCCGAGCGACGGCGGCAGGAAAGAGGUGGCCAAGGAGAAGAAGGAGCAGCUGACCAAGGCUCAGAAGCGUCGCAUAUUCGACCGGUUCGGCGCCAACGCCGACAAGCCUCGCGGCUGGGACUGGGUGGACAUCAUCAAACAUCUGGCUCAGACGGGCGGUCAGAAAACUGUCGAGAGUUAGCUCGGAUAGCGUGUGAUUGAGCGAGAGAAAGAGAACGACGAAGAAAUGAAUAAAUGAAGAAGGAUUGUUUGCUGAAAAUUCACUAUGAAAAGUCA